AUGGCGCGCGAAAUACCAAGACAGCAUAGCACAGAACUAGAGCCUAUUCCGCAUCAACAAAAGGCCUCGAGCGACGGGAGCUCUACCCAUCUCAGCGACGAUUCCUCUCCGUCGACAAACGACAAUUUCGACCAGCCGAGUAGCGAUGCCCGGCUCAAUGGCGGAUUUACAGCCUGGUCGCAAGUCUUUGUUAGCUUCCUGCUCGUCUUCAACGGGUUCGGCUACUUUUCCUCCUUUGGCCUGUUCCAGUCUCAUUGGGUCGAGUCAUUGAACGCUUCUCCAUCGGACAUUGCCUGGAUUCUUGGCGCGUUCUCAACGUCGGCUGUCACCAAGUACUGGCAGCUGAUACUGGCCCAAGGUCUUGUGCAGGGGAUUGGAAACGGCAUGCUGUUCACCCCGUGCGUCGCUUUGGUCUCUGUGUACUUUGACAAGGGCAGAGCAUUCGCACUCAGCUUGGCUGCAUGCGGGGCGCCUAUAGGCGGUAUUGUCUUUCCCUUGAUCUCCCGCCAGCUCUCCAGCACUGUAGGCUUCCCCUGGACAGUUCGGGUGAUGGGUUUUAUAAUGGUAUUCAACACAUUUCUCAUCCUGGCUUUGGGCCGGCCGCGAAAGUUCAAGAAAGAGAGGAGGCCAUUAUUAGAGCCAGCAGCGUUCAAGGAGAAAGUCUAUCUGUUCUAUUCCAUUGGCAUAUUCUUUACACUCUGGGGGCUCUACAUUGCGUAUUUCUAUACGUCGACUUUUGGCCGAAAGAUUAUUGGGCUCUCUGAUUCCGAUUCGCUCACUCUCCUACUGGUCCUCAACGCUGCCGGCGUGCCUGGGCGCCUUGUUCCGGCCUUCAUCGCCGAUCGCUUUUUCGGACCUUUCAACACAAUGCUGCCUUUUGUGAUGGGGUCCAGCAUCAUGCUGCUAGUAUGGAUGCGAGUCGAGACCACCAGUGGAUUCUACGCCUUUGUCGUACUUUACGGUAUUUGUGCCAACGCGGUGCAAACGCUCUUCCCCUCGACGCUAUCAAGCCUCGUCGCGGACCCCAGCAAGAUGGGUCAGCGUGUUGGCAUGGUGUUUGGCGUGGGCAGUCUAGCCUGUCUAACCGGUCCGCCCUUGGCAGGCGUGCUAGUUGGGGUCGGCAACGGCAGCUACACCUAUAUGCAGCUCUACGGCGGGCUGUCGGUCAUGGUCGGAUUCGUAUUCUUGGGGGUGUCCCGCUUGUGUCAGUUACGGGGGUGGUAA